AUGGGUGAUGAUGAUGCAGAUGAGGAUUCUCGUGAUGGUGAAGGAGAGAAGAUGAAUACGGAUUUUAGCAAAUUGGAGUUGAAGCCAGAUCAUGUGAACAGACCUUUGUGGGCUUGUGCUGACGGCAGGAUUUUUCUGGAAACUUACUCUCCUCUCUACAAACAAGCUUAUGACUUUCUUAUCGCCAUUGCUGAACCCGUUUGCAGGCCAGAGUCAAUGCACGAGUAUAAUUUAACACCUCACUCUCUGUACGCUGCUGUUUCCGUUGGUCUUGAGACAGAGACUAUCAUCUCUGUUUUGAAUAAGCUGUCUAAGACUAAGCUACCCAAUGAUAUGAUUGAUUUCAUCAAUGCUUCUACUGCCAACUACGGCAAAGUCAAGCUGGUUUUGAAAAAGAAUCGCUAUUUUAUUGAAUCCCCAUUCCCUGAGGUAAGUGAGUUCACAAGUCUUGUCCCUCUCUUUUCUCUGGUCUUUGUGUAUUUGGGUGCUGAAAAAGCUUGGCGAUGA